AUGCGGGCCUUGACAUACGCGCUGUUUGUGCUCUCAGACCACCAUCUUUUCUGCAAUGUCAACGCUGGCUUGGGAUAUUACACUUUGAUGACACGGGAAACACGCUGUCUGAUGCAGGGCGCCCCCCGCUGGUGGGCAGGGGAACUGCAGCAGCUCCGCUCUGCCCAGUCAAUGCAGUCAGCUGAGACAGUGGGUCGCAUCGAUGAAUACAAUGAUUCAAAGGAGGAUUUUGAUUCAUAUCUGGAGCGUUUGGAGCAGUGGAUGCUGGCUAAUGAGAUUGGAAAUGACAAGAAGAAACGUAAUCAGAAAGAAGGAGAAGCUGUUUCUGACUACAUUGUGGCGUUGAGGCAGUUGUCAGCUACCUGCAAUUUUGGACAAUAUUUGGACGAUGCCAUGAGAGAUCGUUUUUCUCAAUGGAACUUGCUUCCAAAAAUACAAUGGAGUUCUCUGGACACAGCGGACCUCACCAGGAAGACUAAAAGGCAAUCUUCAACUCAGUAUGUUGAAACUGAAGGGAGUGCAUCCAAAAGUGGUGAUGAGGCAGAACUUUUUGGAUUGUAUGCAGUUGACUCUACAUCAAACUGGGAAAAAGGUUACAUAGUGGAUCUUGGACUGGGAAACAAGAGCACCAAAAUGUUACUGGACACGGGUUCAGCAGUGUCAGUGGUUUCUGACAGCUUUUACCAGGAAAACCUUACUCAAUUUCCCUUGAAACCAGUUUGCAAGUUAAAGUUGAAAUCAUACUCAGGCCAAAGGAUUGCUGUUCGAGGGUACAUCAUGUUGCCAGUACAGUACGAGGACCAGCAAGUGACACUUCCACUGGUCAUUGUACAGGGAAGCAGACCUGCCCUGAUUGGCCGCAACUGGCUGAAAAAGUUACGGCUGAACUGGAAACAGAUUUUCACAGUACACAAGGUGCAGACAAAGACGCAUGGUAACACAGGAGUACAGGAGGUGAUAGAGAGACAUAAGGCAGUGUUCUCAGAGGGCCAAGGCUGUAUCACAGGGUUUAAAGCUAAAAUCCGCACCAAGCCGGAUACCACACCAAUUUUCUGCAAGGCUCGCCCAGUUCCUUAUGCACUAAAGGAAGCUGUAGAGAGAGAGCUGGAGAGGUUGGAGAGUGAGAAGGUGAUUUCAAAGAUUGACCAAAGUGAGUGGGCAGCUCCAAUAGUCACCGUACCCAAGGUCGACAAAACUAUCAGGAUUUGUGACUACAAGGUCAGUGUUAAUCAGUGCAUUGAAGAGCAGACAUAUCCACUACCGAAUACUGAAGAUCUGUUCGCUACAUUAGCAGGAGGAACAUCUUUCAGUAAACUGGAUCUUUCGCACGCCUACGAACAACUACAGUUGGAUGAAGAGUCAGAAAAAUAUCUGACCAUAAACACACACAAGGGCCUGUACAAGUAUCAUCGCCUUAGUUAUGGAGUUUCGAGUGCUCCUGCGAUAUUUCAGUCUGUUAUGGACCAGAUUCUGCAAGGGAUGGACCAUGUGACAUGUUUUUUGGACGACAUUCUCAUCACUGCUUCCUCGGAGGAGGAGCAUUUGACAAGACUGGAUAAUGUUCUCACACGUUUGGAGAAACAUGGCAUCAGGGUGAAGCUAUCAAAAUGUCAGUUUUUCCAGAGCAGUGUUGUAUAUCUGGGAUAUCGCAUUGAUAAGACUGGGUUACAUCCUACAGAAGAAAAGGUGACUGCCAUAACAAAUGCACCUGAGCCCACAAAUGUAACAGAACUGAGGUCUUUCUUGGGCCUUCUGAACUAUUACAGCAGAUUCCUGCAAAACCCCUCUACUGUGCUCCAGCCGCUGCACAGCCUACUUAAAAAGGACUCAAAGUGGGUUUGGACUGUUGAAUGUGCAAAAGCAUUUGAAGAUGCAAAGCAACUUCUGCUGCAGAACAAAGUGUUGGUACACUACAACACCCGCCUGCCACUGCGAAUCGCAUGUGAUGCUUCGCCUUAUGGAGUUGGGGCUGUAAUUUCACAUGUAACAGAAAAUGGAGAAGAACGACCUGUUGCAUUUGCCUCAAGGACACUCACUGAACCAGAAAGGAAGUAUGCCCAAAUUGAAAAGGAGGCACUUGCUAUCAUUUUUGGAGUAAAGAAAUUUCACAAAUAUCUUUAUGGAAGGAAAUUCACACUUAUCACUGAUCAUAAGCCACUGUUGGCCAUCCUGGGGCCAAAAUCAGCAAUUCCAACGUUGGCAGCAUUAAGAAUGCAACGCUGGGCACUUAUUCUCAUGGCGUACAAUUAUGAGAUUGAGUAUAAGAAGUCAGCUGAUCAUGCUAAUGCGGAUGCUUUGUCACGCCUACCCCGAGUAGUGAUGAACAACACAGCAGAAGAGGGAAGUAUCUUUUACUUUUCACACUUGGAGGAACUCCCUGUGUGUGCAAAAGACAUUGAGAGUGCUACUCUUAAAGAUCCUGUACUCAGUAAGGUGUGGAACUACACAUUAAAUGGCUGGCCGAGUUAUGUGCAAGACGUAGCAUUGAGGCCUUAUUUUGUACGCAGACAGGAGUUAUCGGCAGAUCAAGGCUGCAUUCUCUGGGGACAGCGAGUCAUCAUACCCCCAGGUUAUCGACAAAGAUUACUGGAGGAUCUUCAUCAUGAACAUCCAGGUAUCUGCCGUAUGAAGGCUCUUGCCCGCAGUUACCUUUGGUGGCCAGGCUGUGAUGGUGAAAUUCAAGAACUGGUGAACAAGUGCUCAGUCUGCCAAGCAGUACAGAAAAUGCCAGCUGUGGCACCAUUACAUCCUUGGCGGUGGCCAGAAAGAGUGUGGCAAAGAAUUCACAUCGAUUUUGCAGAAAAAGAUAAACAGUAUUUUUUGGUUGUCAUAGAUAGCCAUUCAAAGUGGUUAGAGGUUUUUCCAAUGUCCUCCACCACUUCUCACAACACCAUUAAAGUGCUGCGCGGUCUGUUUGCAUCGUAUGGACUGCCAGAAGAGCUAGUUUCAGACAAUGGCCCACAACUGGUGGCAAAAGAGUUUACUCAGUUCCUGGAGAGUAAUGGAGUAAAACACACUGCUGUACCGGUUUACCACCCAGCAUCAAAUGGAGCAGCAGAGAGAUCAGUACAAAUCCUGAAACGGGCUCUGAGGAAGAAUGUGCUGGAAGCAGACAGCAAGUCUUCCUUGCCACUCAAUCACAGACUUGCAAAUUUCCUUCUCAUGUACCGCAGCACACCCCACACAGUGACGGGACGUACUCCAGCUGAGUUAUUCCUGAAACGCCAGUUGAGAACUCGUUUCAGUUUGCUCAAGCCGGAGCUUGCCAGACAGAUAGAAGGAAAACAAGCAGCGCAGAAGCAUCAUCAUGACAAAAGGGCUCUCCCUGUUCGCUUUUUCCUGGAGGGAGAGGUGGUUCGCAUCAGAAAUUUCAGGGGCGGAGUGGAAAAAUGGAUUCAGGCAAAAAUACUGAAAAGACUGGGAACUGUCACUUACCUGAUCCAAGAGGGACAGAGACAGCGCACAGUGCAUGUGGAUCACAUGUUAACAUGGCGAGAGAACAUGGAGAGGCUGCCAGUUAUCUUGUCUCCACCAGUUGCAGAAAAUGUACCAUCAGUACAACUGGACAGUGCUGUUUCAGUUCCAUCACCAGGACCAUCAGUGAGUCAGACACAAACUAGUCUCAUCACUGAACCAGAUUCAAGGGCUGCUGAGUUGCCAUCAUCAGAACCCAGAUCACCCACAACGAAAACCCCACCAGUGAUCCGCAGGUACCCAGAAAGGUUUCGAGUACCACCAAAAAAACUGAAUCUCUGAAGACAGUAUAAAAAUAUGUGUUAAAGGUGUACAAAUACUGUUUUGUAUAAUACGUACGUUAUUGUUGACAAAUGAGGGUUAAGAGUUCAGUACUAAAAAAAAAAGAAUGUGGUUUCAGUACAGUUUUUUAAAUUGAACUGCUGCAUUUUUUGGUUGGGUUGUGUAUUUCUUUUGAGUAAUUUCUACAUUUCUAAAAGGGGAGGAAUGUAAUAGAGUGAUCUAUGUUUGUCUGUUGCCAUCUCCUGGUGAAUAUUGGCUAUAGCGUACUGGGGUUACUUUUUGGUUGGCCAACGAUUUACGUGGUGUUGCGCACCUGACGUCACGUGUGUUGAGUCUGUUCUGGAAGUCUACAGUAAAGAGACGUACUUCAUCACCUCACCUGUUUAUUGCCUCCAACCCAAUAUAUUACAGUUUGAAUGCUGCCUGAACGUUCCGUGUGUGCGAUAAUAGGGCAACCCAUUUUCCUUGGGUUUUUUUUUUAUAGAAUAAACACAAAAUGAAGAAGUUUCAACAGAGGGCUUAUAAGCUCCAAGAAGCAGCAGGAAUGCCCUUGACAGUGAACGUUAGUUGGCUAUUUAACUGUUGAUAGGUGGUGUUAAACAGGCUGUUACAACGGGCAGUAAUACGAAUUACCUCUUUGACUUUUGUUGUCUUUGCAGUUUUCCAGUUGAACAUGAAAGUUCAAAAUAUACUUGAGAACCAGGGAGAAAAUAUGCACAUGCUGAGAGGGCUGGCAGCACAGUCUGUGGGGCCAGAAUCUGUGGAUGUUCAAGAUCUCAUUGAUAAGCCUUUCGAGACUCUUGAGCAGCUGAAGGCCUUCUGUGAACGGCUCGACACUGAUCUUCUGCUCAGAAAGCAGCUGGUAAUUAGUUUUAAUUCCCCACUGCAAAAAUAUCUUGCUCAGUUAUCAAAAAACAAUUUCUAAUCAAGUACAAUAUUGUUGUUUAUUUAUUUGUAUAGGUGAAAGCUCUUACUGCUCUUGGUGGGCAGAAUUUGGCAGACACGGUGAGGACAAUGCUGAGGAAAAUUGCCACAAACAAAGUCCUGGAGCAGCUUGGCCUCCGUGGAAAGUCAGGAAAAGUGGCGUUUGAGGACUUGCCCCUUUACAGAAUAAUAAAUAAGGCAUGCAGGGGUGUUUACAAGCAGACGACCACAGCUGAAGUAGAUCGUGAGCUUGGAGAGGUCCUGAAACUGGCCACUUUUCGAAAGGGAGGUUCAAAAUUUGAGGAGAAGAGGAGGAAUUAAGAGGGAGGACAAAAAAGGAAAAAGAAACAAGCAAAAGAACAUAGUGAGAUGAGAGGUAAAUGUUAAAGUACCCGACCUCGGAUAAGCGGAA